GAACACCGUGUCAAACUCGGGAGCUUGUGCACCGUCUCUGUACAAACACCCUCAUUACUACGAAGAAGAGCUUGUGAACGCGGUAUGAGUGGGAGUUUCGAAAGUGUUCAGAGAAAUCGAGAUCGAGACGCAGAGGCAAGUGUUUCUCCUACGAGCGGUUUUUACAGAAGAGUUUGCUUUGCAGUUACUGCUGUCGGGCGAGGAUUAUCGAUCGAAAGCAUCUCUUCGUCAUCAUGUUCAAAAAGUUCACAUCGGAGGAGAUAAGUGCUCAAAAUCAAGUCAAGGCUUCUGUUCAGCGAAAAAUACGUCAAAGUAUCUCUGAAGAGUACCCGGAUCUAGAACCUAUACUCGAUGAGCUGCUCCCGAAGAAGUCCCCUCUUAUUGUUGCGAAAUGUCAAAAUCACAUCAAUCUGGUCGUUGUGAACAAUGUUCCACUAUUUUUUAAUGUAAGGGAUGGACCAUACAUGCCAACUUUGCGCCUUUUGCAUCAAUAUCCAAGCAUUAUGAAGAUGUUGAGAGUCGAUAGAGGAGCGAUCAAGUUUGUUUUAGCUGGAGCGAACAUUAUGUGCCCUGGCCUCACUUCUGCUGGUGGCGCACUAGAUGAGGAAGUGCCUGCUGAAGCACCAGUGAAUGGGUGUGAGUGUAAACUCGUGGCGGUCUGCAACUAAUGCUGGCGGCACUUCCAACAGGCGAUAAUGGCGGAGGGUAAGCAGCACGCGCUUGCAAUCGGCUACACCAAGAUGUCAGCCAAAGAUAUAAAGUCUAUCAACAAAGGUAUUGGCGUGGACAACAUGCAUUAUUUAAAUGAUGGGCUUUGGAAGACACUCCAUCUGGAUUGAUCGUAGCAGUCUGGACAGCUAACUUACAGAUUUCACAAUUGUAGCUUUUUGGAUCGUUCUCACAGCUAUUUCUCAAUGAAAAUUCCCUCUCUGCAGGAGUUUUUUCCUUGUUAGUUCAGCUUGGAUCUGCUGCAAAGUCUCCAGGUCGGGAAAUUUGGUUUUCAUAUGACUAGGUAACACUAGCAGUUUGAAUGCCUCGAGGUUUAGUACCCUUGGCCACGGCCUCUUAUGUAGAGAGUUUUGGGAGUCUGUUUGAGCGACAGAUAUGUUCACCUAUCAGAAAUGCGUUUGCUGAUCCAUAAAUGAUGAACCCGGUCAGGGAGCAGAUUACAAAAGUUAUUCGUGUGAGCUUAUGAAGUCGGACGUUAAGAGUUUUUAAUGGACUGAGGAAACUCAUGUCAUGGUGGUUGAAUCUCCCGCAGAAGCUGCGGCGAUUAAUAUUGUUUGUGUCGAAUUUGGGUCACAUGUAAUAAUUAAUUGAAGAGAACACUGCAUGUUUGUCAUGUGGAUUUGCCUGGCAUAGCC